AGUUGGAGGUAGGCCUUGGAGAAACCUGGCAUCAGGGACGAGGGUGAGUCAGCACAGCAGAAUAGGUCCUGGGCAGCCACACCUGAUCGCCCCUUCCUCGGCCCACACACGGUCAGGCACAGGCACCAUCACAGAUGUAAACCAGACAGCAGGUGCUCAGACCAACCUUUCCCCCUACAGAAAAACCACAGCAUUCUGUUUCAUCAAGCUCUCUCUCCCCCAUACACCCAUCCUCACUGUUAGGCUGCACAGCACUUCUUCACCCUCUAUGAUGUUUCCCAUCAUGGUUUCAUUUGAUACUUGCAAUGUCUUUAUAAAGGUAACCCCAGGAAAAGGUUAUCCCAGUUUUGUGGGCAAGGAACUGAGGUGCAGGAAGAUUAAGUGUCCCGGGUGACACAACUAUUGAUGCUAGAGCAGGAUUUAGUGCCCUAGAGUCCCAGUCCAGUGCUGUUACUGCCACGUCCACCUGUGAAGUGCACUUCCUUCUCCGCACAUACGUGUUCACUCAAGGACACACAUUGUCCCUCCUGGCCUCAUACUGUUCCUUUCAGAAGUCGGGCACUGUCCCAGACCAUCAAAGCAUUAACUCUGGGUGAAGGGUUGCCCAAGCCUCCCAGGCAGGGCUGCAGUCACAGAGCUCAGGAGGUCCCUCCCAGAGAUAGGCAGCAAAACAUUGGAGGAGCCUGCAGAUGGGACACGAGGAAGAUGGGAUGGGGACAGAGGACACAAAGAAACACUGGACAAGGAGACAGAGCCAGGGAUAGAUGGGGAAGGGCAGCAGGAAAGACAAGAAGCACAUCUGCUUGGAGAGGAAACAAAGUCAUACAUAGCCAGUUCUCAAAAAGGGGCACUGGCCGCUGCCAUGCUAUGAGUAGCCCUUUUUCCUGGUUGGCAUACCCUGUCUGCAGACUCACAUGCCCUUGGUGCUGUAUCCAAAAAAGAAGCCAGCUGUCUGCAACCACCGCCCAAGCAGAGAGGGGUAUGGAUUGCUGGAACUGUUGAACCCUUUGAUGAGGAUGUUGGACAGGACUGCACACACCCAAACACUCUCAUGGGAUGGGAGGGAGAGGCCAAGCUCUAGAGUCAGAGACAGGGAAGACCAGAAGAAACUGGUAGAGUGGACAAGGUGCUGUCCUGGGGGACACAAGACUUGGGCCUGUUCUCCUGGCUCUGCCACUGAAUCGCUGUGUAUGGGGCCUUUGAUGAAAUAUAUUCAGGACUUCCAGAGAGAGAAACAGGAGUUCGAGCGAAACCUGGCCCGAUUCAGGGAGGAUCACCCCGACCUAAUCCAGAAUGCCAAGAAAUCGGACAUCCCAGAGAAGCCCAAAACCCCCCAGCAGCUGUGGUACACCCACGAGAAGAAGGUGUAUCUCAAAGUGCGGCCAGAUGCCACUACGAAGGAGGUGAAGGACUCCCUGGGGAAGCAGUGGUCUCAGCUCUCGGACAAAAAGAGGCUGAAAUGGAUUCAUAAGGCCCUGGAGCAGCGGAAGGAGUACGAGGAGAUCAUGAGAGACUAUAUCCAGAAGCACCCAGAGCUGAACAUCAGUGAGGAGGGUAUCACCAAGUCCACCCUCACCAAGGCUGAACGCCAGCUCAAGGACAAGUUUGACGGGCGACCCACCAAGCCACCUCCGAACAGCUACUCGCUGUACUGCGCAGAGCUCAUGGCCAACAUGAAGGACGUGCCCAGCACGGAGCGCAUGGUGCUGUGCAGCCAGCAGUGGAAGCUGCUGUCCCAGAAGGAGAAGGACGCCUAUCACAAGAAGUGUGACCAGAAAAAGAAAGAUUACGAGGUGGAGCUGCUCCGUUUCCUCGAGAGCCUGCCCGAGGAGGAGCAGCAGCGGGUCUUGGGGGAAGAGAAGAUGCUGAACAUCAACAAGAAGCAGGCCACCAGCCCUGCCUCCAAGAAGCCAGCCCAGGAAGGGGGCAAGGGCGGCUCCGAGAAGCCCAAGCGGCCCGUGUCGGCCAUGUUCAUCUUCUCGGAGGAGAAGCGGCGGCAGCUGCAGGAGGAGCGGCCUGAGCUCUCCGAGAGCGAGCUGACUCGCCUGCUGGCCCGAAUGUGGAACGACCUGUCUGAGAAGAAGAAGGCCAAGUACAAGGCCCGGGAGGCGGCGCUCAAGGCUCAGUCGGAGAGGAAGCCCGGUGGGGAGCGCGAGGAACGGGGCAAGCUGCCCGAGUCCCCCAAGAGAGCUGAAGAGAUCUGGCAACAGAGCGUUAUCGGCGACUACCUGGCCCGCUUCAAGAAUGAUCGGGUGAAGGCCUUGAAAGCCAUGGAAAUGACCUGGAAUAACAUGGAAAAGAAGGAGAAACUGAUGUGGAUUAAGAAGGCAGCCGAAGACCAAAAGCGAUACGAGAGAGAGCUGAGUGAGAUGCGGGCACCUCCAGCUGCUACAAAUUCUUCCAAGAAGAUGAAAUUCCAGGGAGAACCCAAGAAGCCUCCCAUGAACGGUUACCAGAAGUUCUCCCAGGAGCUGCUGUCCAAUGGGGAGCUGAACCACCUGCCGCUGAAGGAGCGCAUGGUGGAGAUCGGCAGCCGCUGGCAGCGCAUCUCCCAGAGCCAGAAGGAGCACUAUAAAAAGCUGGCCGAGGAGCAGCAAAAGCAGUACAAGGUGCACCUGGACCUCUGGGUCAAGAGCCUGUCUCCCCAGGACCGUGCAGCAUAUAAAGAGUACAUCUCCAACAAACGUAAGAGCAUGACCAAGCUGCGAGGCCCAAACCCCAAAUCCAGCCGGACUACUCUGCAGUCCAAGUCGGAGUCCGAGGAGGAUGAUGAAGAGGAUGAGGAUGACGAGGACGAGGAUGAAGAAGAGGAAGAUGAUGAGAAUGGGGACUCCUCUGAAGAUGGCGGUGACUCCUCUGAGUCCAGCAGUGAGGACGAGAGCGAGGAUGGGGACGAGAAUGAAGAGGAUGACGAGGACGAAGACGACGACGAGGAUGAUGAUGAGGAUGAAGACAACGAGUCCGAGGGCAGCAGCUCCAGCUCCUCCUCCUCAGGGGACUCCUCAGACUCUGACUCCAACUGAGGCUCAGCCCCACCCCAGCCAGGGCAGCCAGGGAGAGCCCAGGAGCUCCCCUCCCCAACUGACCACCUUUGUUUCUCCCCCGUGUUCUGUCCCCUGCCCCCCUGGCCUCCCCCACUUUCUUUCUUUCUUUAAAAAAAAAAAAUACGGUGGGGGUAGGGGGCCGGAGGAGCCCAGGCCAGGACUCUGCAGCCUCAGAGACAUCAGCCCUUGGGGGUCCUCCUCCAGGGACAGCAACUAUCAGACUAAGCCAGCACCGGACCAGCCUGGCCCACCCCACCCACUUCUGCACUUGCGGUUCCGGCAUGGACAAUGGACCGGGGAGUGGGGGUGGGGGGUCCCAAAGAGUUUGAUGAGGCCCUCCACACCUGCGGCCCAAUCCAAGGUGGGGUAGAAGCUUGGGGAAGACCCAUUCCUUCCCAGAGGGGCCUGCCACCUGGACCCCUGCAUUGGAACUGGAGGCAGGGAACAUGGGGAGAGGAGGGUCGGUGCCUUCAAGAAAACAGGCGCUGCCCUGGUGGCCCUCUCCCCUGCCCCCUGCAGGAAGGAGCUGCCUGGACCCAUUCAUGGGGGAGGGGGCAGAAGUGUUUUUUAUAUAUGUGUAUAUAUUUUUUUUUAAGCUCUGAGCUGUCAACGAGACGUUUCCUACCGA